AUGAUGAUGGCCCAAGCCGAGCUGCCGACGACCAAGGUGGCGCCGACGAGCUUGGACCAGCCGCAGCCGGAGCUCGACUCGUUCCAUGUCUCGUCCUUCUCGGACAGCGACAGCUCUGUUGACGAGACCGAGGUCGAGGCCGACGCGCCACUGCUGCCCGAGGCCAACGCCUCCUGCCUGGCGGAGCAGCUAUGGGAGCCGUUCCGCAGCCUUGUUAUGAACCCCUUGACGACUCUUGUCGUAUGCCUCUGCGUCAACGCAGCCUUUAUCCUCACGUGGACCUUCCUCGCAUGGCUGGCCCACUUGAUCACGCGCCCAGGACUGUUUGUUCUUGUUGUCGCCCUUGUCGUGUGCAUAGCUCGCCUCGCCGCGCUCGUGCUCUCGUAUCCGGGUCACCUCCAGGUCGUGGCGCGUGACUGCGAGCGCAGCUUUGCGCUCAUGAUCAAAAAGUGGGUGCGCCUCACAGCCGACACGACCGACGAGCUCAUCCAGGACUACCAGCUGCUUCUCUCGCCCGAGCCGUGUACGCCCGAGGCAACGACCGCCUUCCGCGAAGUCUACACUUCGUUCGAGUCGUGCCUGACCAACAUCAUGGUCGUGCUCCAACGAUCGCUCGAGAUAGUCGACGAGGAAGAGACGCUGACGACGGAUGGCAAGCGGGUGCUCGCCCAUAUUCGCGUGUACCUCGAGUACGCGGAGAAGCUCCGACCGUCCUUCGCCCAGCUCGCAGCCGACACGACACCAAACAUGGAGGCGCUACGUCAGCAGCUCGAUUUGGAUAAACCGCUUGUCGAGUUUGGCAUGUGCGUCCAGGACCUCCGCGACGUCAUCGAGUGUGUUGGGGAGCCACCGGGCACGCCGAAGCGGUCUGGGCUCUGGGGGCUCCUCUGUGAGCUUGUGCUAGCGCGGCUACGGCCACUCCACAUUGUCGCGAGCCUGAGCCUCAUGCGAGCCGACCUCAUCGCGCGCCACAACGGCCGGCAGGUCUGGGUCCCUGGCUACGAGCGCAAUCGGAUCGACGGCAUGUUCAUUCCUGGCCUCGGCCUCCCGAUCCAGAACGCAGAGCGCACCGUGAUCCUUUGCAACCCCAACUGCGGCUUGUAUGAGUUUCACCACUUUCAGUCGGAUUGGAUCCAGUUUUACACCAAGCUCGGCAUCAACGUCUUCCUCUUCAACUACCGCGGCUACGGGCGCACGAAAGGGUAUCCGUCGCCGCACGCCAACAACCUCGACGGCAUGGCGGUCGCCGCGUACCUGCGCAACGAUAAGUCCAUUCAGCGUCUCGCGAUCCACGGCGAGUCGAUCGGCGGCAUGGUCGCGACGCAUGUCGCCAAGCACGCGGACGGCAUUGAGCUCCUCAUCGCCGAUCGCACGUUUGCCAACCUUCCCGCCGUCGCCCAGCGCCUCGUCGCGUCGUGGGCGGGCCGGGCACUGAGCUGCGUCACGCGCUGGCAGACUGACAACGUCACGAAUUACUUGGACGCAACGUGCCACAAAGUGGUGUGCUGCGACCCCUGCGACGAGAUUAUCGCGGAUGGCUCGUCGCUCAAAGCGGGUAUCGCCCUAAGGCUUGAGCUCGGCGACUUGCAGGCGCAGACGCCAAAGGCGCGCCCCGCGGCACCGCGACGAUUGGCUGCGUGCGCGCCCGUCGGCUACGAAGCCGUGAGCGAACUGUCGACCGAGGUUGUGAUUGGCAAGCCGUUGACGGAGGCCAUUGUGGCCAAGUUUGCACGACACCUCUUGCGGAUCGCAGACCGCGCGAAAGAUGCGAUGGAGCUCGAAAUGACCGAUGCGACCGUCAUUGACGUUGACGACGCGGGUCAUGCAAAGGACCUCAUUGCGCUCUGGAGUGCGAUCGCGUCCCUCGACGGCCACUGCGGCCAGACGCUUUUUUACGCUGCCGGCAGCGGCCUCGAAGGCAUUCGCGCGUGGACCACGUCGUUCAUUGUGUGGGGGCCGUCGACGCGCCUUGCGGCCGUGCCCGUCGCGCGCCGGCCCCACGACUUUGUGACGCCGCUCCCGAUCGAGCACGUCCGCGUCCUCCUGCAGCGGGUGCAAAGCGCGGCGGCGUGGCUAACCACGGACGUCGACGCCAGCUACGUCAUGGACAUCAUGGAGUACCUCUACGCAUCGAUGCAGGCUCGCAGCGCCAAGGCCACCGAUGAUGCGAUGCUUGGCGCGCUCGUGCCGCUCAGCUGUGGCCACAACGCCAACUUUAGUGAGCAGGAAAAGCAAGCGCUGCUCGCGCACCUCGUCGCGUACAAGUGGGCUGAAGCCAGCUCUGCCGAGGACGAGAGCAGCAAGUAGCUCUAAAAAAACACACGUUGACGGCGCCA